AUGGUGAUGGUCAUGUUGCAAUGGAAAUUCAAGAUGGUGGAGCAUUUCGAAACAGCCACACAAACACACACAAGUACAGAUACAGACGUACGAGAACUAGUGUCUGUAGCUGGCUGUAUCUCUGUGUCGCCUUGCGACACUGUUGAACUCGCUUCAACUAUCCCACCCUACAUUCCGCCUGAUGAAGGCGGCCGAGAAGACGUUUUCCUCGCAGGUGCGCACCCAGUUUUAGGUUUCACACUCUUGCCCUCAGGCCUUCGAGGAGACGAAUGCAGUGGACUCGGCUGUAGACCGGUUGAUAAGACGAACAAGGCUAUGCAUAAAGCCUGUGUCCCGAGGGCACGAGGAUUUCGGUCAAGGUCCCGCAACUCACGCCUCAAGCAACAACUCAUUACACCCUUCAAUUCGGUCAGCUCUUCUGCUCCCUCUGCAAGCAGGCAUUUGUCUCUUAUCCCAUCAAGCUAG